AUACCCGAUCACCAUCAAUCCUCACAGCGCUGCUGCGACGCAGGGCGAAGAUCGGCUCACAUCAGGCGGACCGUCAUGGCUGCUCCUAAUCAGCAGCCUUUGUCUUCAUCGCCUGGAGUCGCGUACAAGCCCUACCAGUCUCACCGCCGCACUGCUAGCGCACGAUCCAGCAUCUCCACGCCCAGCGCAGGGGGGCCUUCCAUACCUCCUCGUCCUGGACCCAGCUCUCUCGCCAUAUCUGCGGGUGAUAAUAGUCGAGCAGACGCUAAAGCAGUAAGCGAAAACGUAGCGCGGUCGGCUAGCUCGUCUACCAUCCUAAGACCUUCGCCAUCUCCAGCGACCGCUACCGCUACCACUCCUUCGCCGUUGACCAAGCAGCAUGAUCCACUUGAUGCGCCCCCUCCUUUGAGGAAGCUGCAGAGUAAGGCUCCGCCGGCUACCUCUGGCAACUCUAGUACCAGUCAAAUUGCUGCCUCGGCUACUCAGGGACGGUCUUUGGCACGAGCGCCUCCUCCGUCAACCUCCAGAAGAUCGCCAUUAAGAGGCGCUACAGAGACCUCUACCCCUCAGCGGUAUGACACGGUCAGAUCCUCCUCACCGGCUGCAGAGCUAGAUCAACGCAGUACUGCGUCCUCUGUCCCACCAUCCCCGCUAGCUUUUGCCCCGCACAUUGCGUCACCAAAGGCCAAUGGCGCAGCAGCCCGGCUGAACGGGGAACGCUCUGCCCAGAGCGCUUUCGCCAAUGGGCGCUCGCAGAACGCAAAUAAUGCGCCUACCAACCUGGAUCGCUUUAGCUUUCAGCUUCCUGUGGCCAAGGGUAUCUCCACCGCGCAGGCUUUGCGGAUGAGGGAGCUUCAGGAUCAUAGCAGUAGCGGGAGUCCGAGCAUGAGCACCGCCGGGGAGAGCUCUGGGGGCAGCAGCGCUUAUUCCUCCCGAGCACAGUCACCCGUUCCACCAACGACGAUGUCGCGAAAUGGCGGAAGCAGCUCGAUGUCUGGCUUUGACGCCAUGUAUGCAGCUCAGCAGCAAGCGCAGCAGAAGAGCUCAUCCUCGAGACUUGCACCGCCUUUCUCUGCAAAUUCGCGGUCUGGAAGCUUUCAGCCUCGCGGAGUCUCGAGAUCCCAGCUGCCAGAGUUCCUAGAGGCCAAAAGCCUCAAGCGCUCCAAGAAGAAACAACAAAGAGGUGGCGGCUUGGUGGUAGCUCAAGACCAGGAGAGAGAGGACGAAAGGAUCAGACGCCGGGUGGAGAAGUUAUUGGCUAUCCACUACCCUGCUCUUACAGAGAGUUCAACUACUACAAUACCGGCCUCGAGUAGCUUCUCGUCAUCUCUGUUGUCCACGCUGGCGCCUCACUCGCGUUUCUUGACCACUUUGCAACGGUCUUCGAAUCUUCGAGCCGCGGAGCAAGCCUUGGUGCCCUGGCAGCCAGACGACAGCAUCAACGCAUGUCCACUAUGCACGAAGGCAUUUGGAGUUGGUCGACGCAAGCAUCACUGCCGAGCUUGUGGUAAGGUCGUGUGUGCCAGCCCUGAGGUAUCGGCCAAUCCUCCUCCGGGCGCCAUGCCCAUGCACGAUGAGAGGGAAGGACAGCCAGCAUCGAAAUGCUCGAACAUCGUCAUCAAAGACGAGCGGGCCCUUGCUGCUGCGAGCGCUGUGGGGGGAUCUGGAGGCGAAGCGCUCUUGGCAAUCAAGGAUCUACCGCCGGAGGUCAGCCUCGAAGCUCUCCUUUCCCAGUCAAAGCCUGGCCAGGCCUCUACAGCCGCCUCGAAGAGCGUUCUUGAGGCCUCUCAGCACGGCUUUCGACUCUGUAGGGAAUGCAAGACCGUCGUGUUGCGCAGCCACUACCUGCUAGAGGAGGGCGAAGCGCCAGAGUAUAUUCGCUUAUACGACCAAUUGAUGGUAUUGCAAAAGGAGAUCGAGCAGAGCCUACCUGAGUUUCAGGAGCUAGUCAUGGGCUUACAGAAGCAGGAUACAAGCUCGACAUUAGGUCUGGAGUCUGCCGCCAACGGGAGCUCACCUCCCCCUUCCUCGCCAUCCUCGCGGAGAGGAUCGGCAUCUGGACCUACUCUGUCUCGAGCCGCAUUGCUUCAGCUGCAGCGGGACGCUGCUACAGCCAGGAAGCAGCUCUUAGCGAACUUUGCCAACUACGAUGCUUUGGCUCGCCGCAUUAGAGACCUUCCAGAUGGCGGGAACAACAGUCUCAAGCGGAUCAAGGACGGUGUGGAUCGCAAAGCUGCUGCUUUCCUGCAAAUGAACAUGUUCCCUCUUCAAUCUCUGCCGAAGUUCGAUGCGGCGUCUGCAGCGUCCUCGUCGACAGCAGCAUCGAAGAAAGGACCAAAUACCAGCGGGACAUCCUCGCCCAAGGCAUCGGGCAAGAAGUCUCUCACUCCAGCCGAGCAGGAUCAGCUCAUCGUGCUACAAGAGCAACAUACACAGAUUGCAUCGUUCCUGAGCAGAGCGCAGAAGGAGAGAAAGCUGACCGAUGUGGUGCUUCUCAAGCGCAAUCUGGAGGAGCUAGAGCAAGAGAUGAGUCGGCUUACGACGCGCUGAUGGGCCAGAUUUGCCGAAUCGUAAACUGCUCAAAUUGAAUUCUAGUGUCACCUGUCAUUGACGUGUCCAGCACAAUCAUUCUCGCUGCAGCAUCAAUCUGAAGAAGCAUUGCGCUUCGUGGGGAUAUAUGAUUGACUAAAAAGUGUCGAGGAUAUAAGAAGCCGUGAAUUUCGACACUGAAAUGGUCGAUUGUAGCGACGGACGGA